AUGAAACAACAACUCACAGGAAAUGCCAUUCUUUGUUUAACUAAAGAAGAUUUAACUGAAUUCAAAGUUCCAACAGGAGCUGCCAUCUCUAUAGUGGCCAAACUUGAAGCACUGAGACAACAACAAGAAGAUUUGUUACAACAGCCUCAACAACCAAAACUCUUCUCCUUGUCUUAUCCAUCCACCAUCCAAACAACUACAGAACCCUCCAAUUCGGAAAUGAGUAACGAUCAUGAUCAACAUGAUACCUCUACCACAAAUCCUGCUGUCGUUCCUCCUUAUUCUUCGUAUCCAAGAACCUCUCCGAGACCAUCCCUUCCAAAACCACCACAAACUCCAACCGUUCUCAAACCCAUUCAUCAUGAUCAUCGUAUUGACAAUGAACAAGAUAAUAUUAUCAAUCAUCAUACACAUUCAUCCACCACUGCAACUACCCCCAAGUUUCUCCUCGAAAUGAAGAUUCUACAUCCUCUGCGAAAAUCCAGUUCAGUUGCUACGAAUAUUACUACUCAAGGUAUUAAUAAUAAUAAUACUCGUCCUGAGUAUUGGCAACAACAACAACAACCAAUCGAUCAAUAUCCUAAGCAACAAUCUCCUCGUCUUCAUCAACCACCACAAAAACAACCCAUAACAACUCAACGCUCGAGUCCAACACCCAUUCAAGAUAGCAAGAAUAUGAGAACAAAGAAAUUUGUGGAUGCCGGGUUUUUCCCAGAAGAUGAAUUAUAA